AUGAAGAGUCUCCUGCUCGCCCUGGGCUUGGCCCUCGUGUGUGGCACCCAGGCUGUCCACAUCCCCCACAAGGUGGAGGGUCUGGACAUAAGAGAGGUGGCGGGGACGUGGCACUCCGUGGCCAUGGCGGCCAGCGACAUCUCCCUCCUGGACGCCGAGAGUGGCCCCCUGAGAGUGAACGUGGAGGAACUGAGGCCCACCCCCCAGGGCGACCUGGAGAUCAUCCUGCAGAAACGGGAAAACCAAAAGUGUGUAGAGAAGACCAUCCUGGCUCAGAAGACCGAGGACCCUGCUGUAUUCAAGGUCGACUGUCACGGGGAAAGAAAGAUUUCCGUGCUGGACACAGACUACACCAACUACAUGAUCUUCUGCCUGGAGGCCCCCGUGCCCACCGAUGAGCACGGCACGAUGUGCCAGUGUCUGUCCAGGACCCUGAUGGUGGACGACGAGGUCGUGGAGAAAUUCGACAGAGUCCUGGAGUCUCUGCCCAAGCACAUGCGGAUCAUCCUGGACCUGAGCCAGGGGAAGGGGCUGAGGGCCAAGGUGGAGGCCCCGGAAGCGGGCACCGGUGACAGACACUCCACCUGA